AUGUGUUCUUCGCUCCCUGUUGAGAUCUUACAAAAGAUUUUUUCGUACUUAAAUGUUAGCUCUUUGCACAGUUGUUUACUGGUGAACCGGUGUUGGUGUGUAAGCGUCAUCCCAUUGCUUUGGCGAGAGCCAUUUGAUUCUUUCGAUUACCACAAAGUCCAAAUAUGGUAUAAAAGCGCCAACCUAAUAAGAACGUAUGUUUCUUGUCUACCCGACGAGAUAAAAAAUUCGUUAAUGAAUGAGAACGUGAUAUUGCCACAUGCGGCUCUGAUAAAACCAACUUUUGAAUAUUCAUCAUUCUUACAAUGCUUGGAUUAUAUAUUGCUAUUUCAAGCCACAGGAAUUUGGAUCGCCGAAAACGAAAGGGUCACCCCCCGAAAAAUACGCAAAAUAACUUUUCGUCAUUACCUUGUGGCGGAAGAGUUGUGUAAGUUAUUCUUUCGAUCGUCCAAUCUCCGAUAUCUUAAAUACGAUAAAACACAUGAUCUGCCCAAUUCUUCGGAUGUAGAAUAUAUUCCGCUCAGGCAUCUACCAGAGGCUGAAACUUGCUUGUCAAGAUUGGAGAAAUUCUGUGUGAUGGGUUCUGUACCCAACGUGAUCAUAUCAACCAUUGCACAAGUUGCACAUAAUCUGAAAGAGAUAGAAAUCGAAACAUUAGGAGACAACGAUGAAAUCUUGGCCACAUUAAUUGGAUCUCAACGAAAUCUAAGAUCACUUAUAAUAUAUGCCGAAGAUUUUCUACCAACAGUCGCCAAAGCUCUAAAGCAUCGGGUUUCCAAUUUGAGAAGUGUUAAAUUAGAUUGGGAGCUUUCGCUACCUCUGGAUUUGUUUGUAGAUUCAGUGGAUCUCGAAAAAUUCUCGGUUCAUCAAUACUCCAGCAUAGCUAGAAGGGAAACCUUUGAGGCAUUUUCAAAUGCCGAAUUCCGAAAACUUCGAAAGUUGCAUUUAAUAACGCCCAGACUGUACUUGGAUCAAAUGUCCAAAUUGAUUAGAAAUACGGGUGGAAGCUUAAGAGACCUUAACAUAUAUUUCGAGAAAGUGAAUGGCAUAGAACACUGCAAGGAGUUUAUUCAUACUAUUGGGAAAGCAUGUCCAAAUAUCCAAAAACUUCACAUAUUUGUUCCUGAUGAGGCGAUCCCACUCUUACCUUCGCUUCUCAUGUCAUGCAAGCAACUUCGAAUUCUAGAAUUUCUAAAUGGUUGGCUGAACACUCUUCACGCAUUUGACGUUUCGAAAUAUCUGCCAGAAAUGGGCAAAGUUUUGCCACCUAAAUUAAGUAGUCUCACCAUGAGCGGCGACUGGGUGUUGACGGCAGAAGCGUUCAGGAAAUUUUUGGAGUAUUGCGAGAUAAGACUGGAGUCGGGAAGAAUGAUCAACUUUAAUUUUGGAAGAGAAUUGACAAUUGAACAUGUGGUUAUUGUUGAGGAGUAUGGAGCCAAGGGUGUGCUGAACGUGCAUCCCAGCACAAUACUGGGUAAAAAUUUGAAACUCUUUCAAAGACGGAUUAAACAGUGGAACAAUAUUUAA